CAGGGCGGAGCUCCGGUGGGGGCGCGGCCCCGAGGCCGGAACGAGCGCUGUGCGGUCCCGUUCCCUCAGCGUUGCUUCCGGUGCCGCCGCCGCCGCCCGCGGGAUGUAGCGGCCGCGCGGCGGCAGAAGGACGCGGAGGGACCUUCACCGGUGCCUCGGAGCCGCACGCAUCCGCCGCCCCGAUGACGUCCCGCAAGGCCCCCGCCGGGGCGGGCAGCGGGCUUGUGGCCGCCGGCCGAGACCGGGAGCGGGAGCGGGAGCGGGCGCACCUGGAGCUUGCCGAGCUGGGGCCGCUCCUUGAAGAGAAGGGGGACCAAGGAGCCACCGGCGCGGCCAGCGCUGAGGACCCGCCAUGCCCAGUGGCCCGCGAGGAGGAGGAGGAGGUGGUACGGGUGCUGACCCUGCCUCUGCAGGCUCACCAUGCCAUGGAGAAGAUGGAAGAGUUUGUGUACAAGGUGUGGGAAGGACGCUGGCGUGUGAUCCCAUACGAUGUCCUGCCCGACUGGCUCAAGGACAACGAUUACCUCCUGCAUGGACACCGGCCCCCCAUGCCCUCCUUCCGUGCCUGCUUCCGGAGUAUUUUCCGAAUACACACUGAGACAGGCAACAUCUGGACACACCUGCUGGGGUUUGUUCUGUUCCUCUGCCUGGGGAUCCUGACCAUGCUGCGGCCCAACAUGUACUUUAUGGCUCCUCUCCAAGAGAAGGUGGUGUUUGGGAUGUUCUUCCUGGGAGCAGUGCUGUGCCUCAGCUUCUCCUGGCUUUUCCACACCGUCUACUGUCACUCAGAGAAGGUCUCACGGACUUUUUCAAAGUUGGAUUAUUCAGGAAUUGCACUGCUGAUCAUGGGGAGCUUCGUCCCGUGGCUCUACUACUCGUUCUACUGCUCCCCACAGCCAAGACUCAUCUACCUCUCCAUCGUCUGUGUCUUGGGUAUCUCUGCCAUCAUUGUGGCACAGUGGGACCGAUUUGCUACCCCCAAGCACAGGCAGACCAGAGCAGGCGUGUUCCUGGGGCUGGGACUGAGUGGGGUUGUGCCCACCAUGCACUUCACCAUUGCCGAGGGCUUUGUGAAGGCCACCACGGUGGGACAGAUGGGCUGGUUCUUCCUCAUGGCUGUGAUGUACAUCACGGGCGCUGGGCUCUACGCUGCCCGCAUCCCUGAGCGCUUCUUCCCGGGCAAGUUCGACAUCUGGUUCCAGUCUCAUCAGAUCUUCCACGUGCUGGUAGUGGCUGCAGCCUUUGUCCACUUCUAUGGGGUGUCUAACCUGCAGGAAUUCCGCUACGGCCUGGAAGGGGGGUGCACAGAUGACUCUCUCCUCUGAGAGCACCUGGUUUUAGUACAAGCUUCCUAAGUGCUUUUUAAACUCUUGUCUUUGCUAAAAUCAAAGGAAGACUCAAAACCAUUUGGGGUUGUUGGUUUGUUGGGGUUUUUUUUUAAAGAAACAAAAAAACAAGAAACUGAUAAAUCCUUUAGUAAAGUUGUUGACCAAAUCCUCACUCCGUUCCCCAUGCACUGCACUGGGGCUGCAGGGGGGCUCCCAACUCCUCCAGACAGUGUUUUAGCUGCACCGGGAUCACCUGCUGCUCUGACAGCACAGGGAACAGCUCCCUGCUCACACACAGCUGAGCACAUCCUGCUCCUCACGCACCAGGAGUUUUGCAUAUCCCCCACAGCAGUGCCUGGCUGGGGCAGCCCCAGGCAUGGGCACACGCUCAUGUAAUUUAAAGUUUUAAUUGUCCUUUUUGUUUUGUUCUGUUUUCCAUGACAAAGUAAUGUAAACAUAAAUAAAAGAAUAUUUAAUAUUUAAUACUAAGCUUUAAGACAACAUGCUGCCACUGCAGUCCUUGGCUCCCUCACUGUCGGGAGCAGGGACAAAUGACAGUGUUGUAGGGAAUGUAGAGCUGCUGUAGCUGAUUGAAAUAAAAAGGUCAAUAGUUCAGUGUCA